AAAAAUCAAGAAAAUCUUGAGAGAGUCUCUCUUCAAGUCUUCUGUCUAUUUACAGUCUCUCUUUCUCGUUCUGCUUUUCCAAGAGAAUCCUACGAUAUUUUCUCAUUUUCAAUAAAACCCAAAUCCAAAGAUCGUUCCGUGUUUUCAAGAAAAUCCUACAUUCUUUUCUCAUAUUCUAUAAAACCCAAAUCCAAAAUCGCCUCGAACUUGGUUUUUUCUCCUCUACACUUCAAAAUCAAUGGAUGGUCUUUUCCGUUGCUCGGCGAACUACGUUCCGCUCUCUCCAAUAAGCUUCUUGGAGCGAGCGGCCGUCGUUUACAGGGACCAAACGUCGGUAAUUUACGGGUCCAUGAAGUACACAUGGAAAGAUACGUUUGAACGGUGCCGUCGCCUUGCUUCUGCUCUGGCACAGAUGGGGAUUUCCCGUGGCGAUGUUGUUGCUGUGCUGGCCCCGAAUGUCCCAGCAAUGUAUGAACUGCAUUUUGGUGUCCCGAUGUCUGGGGCAAUUCUUUGUACGCUCAACACACGCCUUGACUCGACCAUGGUAUCAGUUCUGUUGAGGCACUCAGAGGCCAAGAUCAUCUUCGUUGACUACCAGCUCCUCAAAAUACUCCACGGAGCACUCAACCUUCUCUCCAGGAAGAAAGCCAAGCUGCCCUUUGUAGUCCUAAUCUCAGAAGAUACCUCGGGGCCCGCUAUUAGCAGCAGCUUGCCGCCCAUUAACUUCGAAUAUGAAAGUCUCUUGAGGACCGGCCAUUCUGAAUUCGAGGUCAGAUGGCCCGCUGAUGAAUGCGAUCCUAUCUCACUAAACUAUACUUCGGGAACCACAUCGAGUCCCAAAGGAGUUGUUUACAGCCACAGGGGGGCAUUUCUAAAUGCCAUUGCAACUGUUCUUCUGAAUGAGAUGUGCUCAAUGCCAGUGUAUUUAUGGACUGUGCCCAUGUUCCACUGCAAUGGAUGGUGCCUCAGUUGGGGGGUUGCGGCACAGGGUGGCACCAACAUAUGCCUCAGAAAUGUUGACCCAAAGGCUAUAUUCGAUUGUAUCACCUUGCACAAGGUAACCCACCUGGGCGGUGCACCCACUGUUUUGAACAUGAUUGCGAAUGCACCGGCCGGCGAUCAGAGGCUGCUUCCACACAAGGUGGUGGUGAUGACAGGAGGAGCACCGCCGCCUCCCCGCGUCCUGUUCAACAUGGAGGAGAAGGGCUUCAUUGUAAUGCACUCGUACGGACUGACUGAAACUUACGGUCCGGGGACAGUUUGCACAUGGAAACCCCAGUGGGAUUCCUUGCCUGCUGACGAACGAGCAAAGCUCAAGGCUCGCCAAGGGUUGCACCAUCUUGGGAUGGCAGAGAUCGACAUAAAAGAUCCGGUCACCAUGAAAAGCAUUCCGGCCGAUGGGAAGACCAUGGGUGAGGUGAUGUUUAGAGGCAAUACUGUAAUGAAUGGGUACUUCAAAGAUUUGAAAGCGACGGAGGAAUCUAUGAGUGGCGGGUGGUUACGAUCUGGGGACCUUGGUGUGAAGCAUGCUGAUGGUUAUAUAGAGAUAAAGGACCGCUCGAAGGACAUUAUAAUCUCGGGUGGAGAGAAUAUCAGCACGAUUGAGGUGGAGUCUGUUUUGUUUAGUCAUCCUGCUAUACUGGAGGCGGCGGUGGUUGGCCGGCCAGACGACCACUGGGGGGAGUCGGUUUGCGCGUUCGUGAAGUUGAAAGAGGGACGCAAUAGUGAUGCUGAAGAGAUUAUCAGGUUUUGCCGUGCUCGAUUGCCACAUUAUAUGGCCCCUCGGACAGUUGUUUUUGAGGAUUUGCCAAAGACUUCGACUGGGAAGACACAAAAGUUUGUUCUCCGGGAGAAGGCGAAGGCCAUGGGAAGCCUUUCGAAUAGGAUUGGCAGCAAGCUUUAAGGUAUGUUUCACAAGAAGUAAUGAUUUAUGACUUUUGAUAAUUUGCAAUAUUGCUACUUCAAAAUUCUAUAAUAUUGGUGUUAUUAGAGCUUAUUACUUUGAUCUGUCUGGACCGAAACAUGUGUGAUCACGAUUCAUUCUAGUACAUGGCAAGGGAACGGGUGCACCUUAUUGUAAUUCAUCCUGUACGUGGUAUGCUCGGGUAGGAUAAUGUCAGUCACCUAAAUACAUACUAGUGAGUAUACUCAAAUGUAGUUGUAUACACAGAUUGAUAUUGUAAUAUGUAUAUAAAACAUUCAAGGUUAUUAUAUAUUACAGACCUUGCAU